GGAGUGGAAUUGAUAACUGUCAGAGUGAGAUCAAUACCAAGUUUUAUUAGUUUUUAUCAAAUAAAUAAGUUUAAGAUGUCUGAUGUAGAGACGGAUGGACUUCCAUCGUCCAAUUCGAACGGUAGUUUUAAGACAAACGAUGGAGAUUGGAUCUGUACGGACGCACAAUGCGCUAAUAUAAAUUUUGCUCGUCGUAAAACAUGUAAUCGUUGUAAUAAAGAUCGUGGUGAAAUCCCAAAAAAGAAAAAACUUGGUCAAGAAAUCGGUAAAGCUGCCGCAGAGAAGAGUAAAGGUUUAUUUAGUGCUGACGAUUGGCAAUGUAACAAAUGUGGCAACGUGAAUUGGGCACGACGUCAACAAUGCAACAUGUGUAAUGCACCAAAGUUUGGUGAAGUUGAAGAACGUACUGGUCUGGGAGGUGGAUACAACGAUCGUGGUGUGGUCGAAUACAAACAACGGGAGGACUCUGAUGACGAAUAUGAUGAGUUUGGACGUAGAAAAAAACGUAGACGAAAGAUGGAAGACGAUCGAUCUAGUGAUAGUAGUAGUGUACGAUCUACGGAUGGGAGGAAAGAAGAUAAGCAGAGAACAACAGGCAGCGCCACCACGACUGAAACUGAUUUGGAUGCCAAAAUAAUUUCAAAGAAAACACAAGAUCACAAUGACCUUCAAAAAGUAGUCGAAGAGCAUGAUCUACACACGCACCAGGACGAAGACGAACCUGAAGUAGCUGAAGCUGCACAAGAUGACGAUGAAGAUGAAGAAGAGGAAGAUGACGAUGAAGAUGGUGAUUUAUCAAAGUAUGAUUUAAGUGAUUGGGGAGAUGCAGCCCCAGCCCCAGCACCAGCACCAGCACCAAUCUCCAAAACUAGUGACAUAUCAACAAGAAGUAGAUCUGUAUCACGUUCUAGAUCCAGAUCACGAUCACCUAUUAAUCGUUUAAGACGGUGAACGAUUACAAACGUACAGUAAAUAUUAAUUAAUAAUUAUUAAUUAAAUUAUAAUUAUAAACAAACCAACAAACAAACAAAUAAAUAAAUAAACAUUCAAACUUACAUGUAGAGGCUUUUAGAUCUAAUAUAGAAGAGAGAGAGAGCAAGAAUAAGAAUAAGAAUAAGAAUGAUAACAAAACAGAACAAAAAACAAAUAAUAUGAUUGUGUUUUUUAAUUCAAGUCAGCUAUCUAAUAAUAAACAGUGAGAUCGAUGAUGAUGAUGAUGAAUGUGUUUUACUUUGUUGUGCUUUAUGUUUAGUUUGUUUGUUCGUGGACUCUUGGACUCUUAUUUGAUAUACAGAUACAGUGGACCCUCGGUAAUCCGUCAAACAUCUUGCAGGGAAGUAUUGGAUUAUAGAGUAUACUGUCUAUCACCUCCUAUAGUCCUCCUAUAGUUACAAAAGAGUGUUUUGUAAUCGAAUAAGUCACAAAUCCAAUUGAUAAGAUAUUAUACUUCAAUACAAAAACAAUAGUCACAUUACAGGAGGCGUUGGAUUAACCAGGAGCUGCAUUACCAGGAGCCCGCUGUAUUUAUUUAUUUAGUUGUUUUAAAAGCGUAACGUACGUACAUACAUGUAAGUAGAGUUGAUGAUGUUAGCUGUGUCAGCUUCUUUUAUACUUAUAAGUAUAUAUAAAUAAAUAAGUAAAGUU